AUGGAGGAGAUGUACAGGCGCAAGACGCAGGAGGUGUUGGACCCGCAACAGCAGGCGUUCGGGGCCGAGGUCGACGCCAGCGGGUUUUCGCAACCACUCCCAGACCCACAGCUAAGACCGACGAGAGAUGACGAGCCCGCGGUGGAUAAGCCUGUGAGGGAGGCGAUCGGAUGCCUGAUGUGGACGAAGCUGACGAGGCCAGCGAUCGCCCUGCCUCUGAACAAGCUCCAGAAGAUCGCUCACACACCCACCGGGAGGAUAUGGAACGCGCUUGUGCGGAACAUGUCCUACCUGAAGUUCACGAAGGACUUCGGCAUCACCUACCUACGGGGGUCAGGACUAGACCUAAGCGUCGUGUUUGUCGAUGCCAGCUACGCUGACAACGAAGUAGACAGGCGUUCUACGACCGGGCUAGCUGUGACGGAGGCGUUGUUUGUGCGUGGCGUUCUGUCUUUCAUAGCGCCCGAGACGAGUGGGACGAAGAUCAAGGUCCUUGAGGACAACAAGGGGGCUCUCGCCUUAAUCGAGANAUUUGUGCGUGGCGUUCUGUCGUUCAUAGCGCCCAAGACAAGUGGGGCGAAGAUCAAGGUCCUAGAGGGCAACAAGGGGGCUCUCGCCAUAAUCGAGAACCCGUUCAGCUCAGCGAGGAGCAAGCACAUCGACGUGCGGUUCCAUUUCAUUCGCGAGCUAUUCAAGUCGGGCAAGAUCUGCAGAAUACGUUCCGACUGGAGAGCAGCACGCCAACAUGCUGACCAAGGAAGCGUUGUGCCGGCGCGUCACCCGCGGCUGGAGCCUAGAAACGCCGAGAGCGUUGCUUCGGGUGUGUAA